UAUACCGGUUCCUUUUUAACCAAUCACAGAAGUUCAGGGAAAUACAGUGUUUGUAAGGAGUUCUACUGAGAGAAACUUUACCGGAACUGUAAGAAGGGGCGCAGAUUUCAGACUGUAAAGAAAUCACAAGGGAUAAUCUCUGUAUAAUUCUCACCGGUUGCACCGAAAAUUCUACUCCUUAGAUGUUCCUCCAUGUUCAAAAUCUUCCUCUUUCCAGACAAGAGACUGUAAUGGAGCUGCAUAUCAAAAAGUGGCCCGGAAUGGAGAAAAGACUGAGAUCUGUGUUUGCCAAAUAUCGUUUGGUUCCAUAUGGAUCGAAGACGAGCAGAAUCAGAGGAGAUGUCUCUACGGAGAGUACAAAGAGCCAAAAACAAACUCACCAAUCCAACAAGUCCGUUUCCUGCAAGGAGUUUGGCAGAACAUCCAAUCAGGAACAAACAGGAGAGAAGGGCUUUACCUGUGGGCAUUGUGGGAAAAUCUACAUGGACGAGCAUCACCUCAGCGUUCAUUUCCAGCUUCACUCAGCAGAGAAGCCUCUCGCCGGCACCGAGACUGCGGAAACCACUAUGGGAAAGAGCAACGUCCGAGAUCUUCCGGCUUUCCCCUGUCCCGAGUGCGAGAGGUCCUUCAGCUCAAAGCCGAGACUCGAAGAGCACCAGAGGACUCACACUGAGGUUAAACUGCACGAGUGCACGGAGUACGAGAGAUCCUUCAGCUCAAAGCCCAGACUCGACGAGCACCAGAGGACUCACACUGAGGUUAAACUACACGAGUGCACGGAGUGCGAGAGAUCCUUCAGCUCAAAGCCCAGACUCGACGAGCACCAGAGGACUCACACUGAGGUUAAACUACACGAGUGCAUGGAGUGCGAGAGGUCCUUCAGCUCAAAGCCCAGACUCGACAAGCACCAGAGGACUCACACUGAGGUUAAACUGCACGAGUGCACGGAGUGCGAGAGAUCCUUCAGCUCAAAGCCCAGACUCGACGAGCACCAGAGGACUCACACUGAGGUUAAACUACACGAGUGCACGGAGUGCGAGAGAUCCUUCAGCUCAAAGCCCAGACUCGACGAGCACCAGAGGACUCACACUGAGGUUAAACUGCACGAGUGCACGGAGUGCGAGAGAUCCUUCAGCUCAAAGCCCAGACUCGACGAGCACCAGAGGACUCACACUGAGGUUAAACUGCACGAGUGCACGGAGUGCGAGAGGUCCUUCAGCUCAAAGCCCAGACUCGACAAGCACCAGAGGACUCACACUGAGGUUAAACUGCACGAGUGCACGGAGUGCGAGAGAUCCUUCAGCUCAAAGCCCAGACUCGACGAGCACCAGAGGACUCACACUGAGGUUAAACUACACGAGUGCACGGAGUGCGAGAGAUCCUUCAGCUCAAAGCCCAGACUCGACGAGCACCAGAGGACUCACACUGAGGUUAAACUGCACGAGUGCACGGAGUGCGAGAGAUCCUUCAGCUCAAAGCCCAGACUCGACGAGCACCAGAGGACUCACACUGAGGUUAAACUGCACGAGUGCACGGAGUGCGAGAGGUCCUUCAGCUCAAAGCCCAGACUCGACAAGCACCAGAGGACUCACACUGAGGUUAAACUGCACGAGUGCACGGAGUGCGAGAGAUCCUUCAGCUCAAAGCCCAGACUCGACGAGCACCAGAGGACUCACACUGAGGUUAAACUACACGAGUGCACGGAGUGCGAGAGAUCCUUCAGCUCAAAGCCCAGACUCGACGAGCACCAGAGGACUCACACUGAGGUUAAACUGCACGAGUGCACGGAGUGCGAGAGAUCCUUCAGCUCAAAGCCCAGACUCGACGAGCACCAGAGGACUCACACUGAGGUUAAACUGCACGAGUGCACGGAGUGUGGGAAAUCUUUCCAACGGAAACAGCACCUGAAAGCUCAUUAUUUAAUGCACACGGGGGUGAAGGCUUUCUCGUGUGACGAGUGCGGGAAACGGUUUAAACAGAGGAACGGUCUCAGCACUCACCGGCUGAGUCACAGCGGGGAGAAACCGUUUGUCUGCAGCGAGUGCGGGAAAAGCUUCCGCGCGAAAACCGAUCUCAAUUAUCAUCUCAAUAUUCACACUGGCAGAACCUUCCCCUGCACCGAGUGUGAGGAAUCCUUCCCGUCCCAGAAGCACCUCAAGCGCCACCAAAUGAUCCACACUGGGGAGAAACCCUACGACUGCACCGAGUGCGGAAAAUCCUUCCGCCACAAAAGCAAUUUGGAUCAACACAACCUCAUUCACGCCGGUAUCAAACCUUUCAGCUGUUCCGAAUGUGGGAAACGGUUCCGAUGGAAACAAAUCCUUCAGGAUCACCAGCUGAUCCACACGGGGGAGAAACCCUACGGCUGCAGCGAGUGUGGGAAAAGCUACGGGAACAAGGGCGACCUCAAAGCCCAUCUGCAGAGACACAUAGGGGGGAGGCCACUCGCCUGAGUGGGGGGAGGAGGAAUGAGAGAGAGUCUAUACUCACAGGGAACCGUCUCUGUACUGAGACCAACUGGAACUCAUGGGAACAUCCCUAGUCUGUACUCUGACUGGGAAAGGUACUGGGAUACAUGCGAUCAGCAAAUCAGGAUUAUGAUCAAUUAUUCACUGUAUUAAUGGACUUGAGUGGAUUCAUUUGCUCUGGGCGAGGAAUCCUGUAUAUAAAUAAAGCCUGUUUGUAUGGAACCAA